CAAAUUUCUAUAAAUAACUAACUCAGCACUAUAUAAGAAGAUGUAUUUGGAUUUCACGAAUAUCAGGCAGGUAUGUGCAUAUUGUCAACCGUGCACAUUCGAAUACGAACAAACAAGCACCAGAAGAUUCUUGGUUGACCUAUUAAUGUGACUCACUAAAAAUGGUGAAGACUCUUCACGACGCGUGCUUGACCUGUGUCCAGAACCGCCUGGACAAGAUACCAGAUGUAGGACGACGCCUUCCAAACAUACACAAAGAAAUCCUAUUGGAGAGACUCGUGAACCAUGACAUUUUAACGGAGCGUUACUUCAAGGCUGUGCAGAAAUAUCUGUUUGUGGACAAUCUUAGAUGCGUGACUUUAUACAAAAGUAAUCAGCUCACAGAUGCAAUGUUAAAGACAUUAGGGGAACGAUGUCCAAACAUCCACCAACUCACUAUACAUAUGUGUACAAAUAUAACAGACACUGGUAUCAAAGCUGUAACAAAACCACAGAAAGAACUAGUUGUCCUCGAGCUGAGAAAGCUAUCAACAUUUACAGGGAAAGGCCUGGAACUUCUAAAAUCUCCAAAGUUAAAGUCCCUGAAUCUCCGUGGCUGCAAUGCUGUAACCAAUGAAGCUGUUGAGACUGUGACAAGAAACAAUCCGACCAUUUCUCAUCUAAUAAUCUACGACUGUGGACAGCUGGCUCCUCAGCUGUUUGCCUAUAUAGCCAAAACACUAAAACACAAUCUGGAAGAAAUUGAUGGAUGUCCGCGACCAAUGUCAGACGAAAAUAUCACUGCUCUCGCGAGAUUUUGUCCCAACCUGAAACGCUUGAAUCUUCUUGGAAGUUCAAAGUUGACUGGGAAUGCAUUACUAGAGUUAUCCCAGGGAUGUAUCCGGAUGGAAUCUCUGGACUUGUCCUAUUGUUACGGCCUACAGGAGCCACCAGACAAUGAGUUCCUGUGGACACUGCCCACCUCCCUCACAUACCUUUCUCUGUGUGGAGUAAUGCUGUCAGACGAAGCACUGCUGGUGGAGACAUUACAACGCCUGAAACAUCUGAAAUCGGUUCGACUAUGUGGCGUUCCUGCUCUGAAUGACAAAACACUCCCGAAGAUCCUAGAGCAUCUUGGGGGGAGUCUGGAGGAGAUAGAUAUCAGUGGAUCACGUGUCCUGACAGAUGAGGGACUGGCUUCAGUGGCCAAGUAUUGUACAAUUCUGCGUGAAUUGGACCUCAGUAUCUGUAAAAUGUUGACGGGUCGUACACUGUUACCACUCCUGCAAGACACAGAAAGAGCUCCACUACUUAAAAAGGCCUUCUUCAGUGUUCAAAAGAUAGAGGAGGAGGUACUUACUGCAUUGGCAGAAAACUGUCACAAUCUGGAGAAGUUUGACGCUGCUGGCAUGGAGACACUGACAGACCAGUUGUUAUGUACAAUGGCAGUGAACUGCCCUCGACUGAUGCAUGUCGGAAUAAAGGGGUGUAAACAGGUGACGGACGCUGGUGUGUGUGAGAUAGCUAGACGAUGUCCUCUGAAGUAUCUUGUGUUGUCGGGGAUACAGGCCAUCACAGACAAAACAGUUUUUACCGUGUCCAACCACUGUCAUAACCUGGAAGAGAUCUAUCUCAAUGGCUGCCUGAAUGUGUCAUCAACGACAGUCAACUACCUCAUAGACAGCUGUUUACCAAGAGUGUAUGUCCAGCACAAGACACCAAAUCUUGAUAGUGAGCAUAUAAUGGGGAAAAACAUUGACACAGGAGAGUUCUGUAGGUUGAAUCUACCCCAGUAAUACAAGAUGGUGGAAGUGCCAGGCAGUCAUUAUAUACGGAUUUGUACAGAAUAUCAACACAAAAGAGUUAUGUAGGACAGAUUAAAUUCAAGAUGGCGGAAGGUCCUGGUAGUCAGUUUAUAUGGAUUUGUACAGAAUAUCAACACAAAAGGGUUCUGGAGUACGGAUUGAAUACAAGAUGGUGGAAGUGCCUGGUAGUCGUUUUAUCUGGAUUUGUACAUGACAUUAAACACAGCUAGUUCUAAGAGCUUUGUAGAUUAGACCUAACACAAGAUGGCGGAAGUGCAUGAUAAUCAUAUUUUUCUGGAUUCGUACAGAAUAUAAACACAAAAGAGUUCAGUAAGUUGGAUCUUAUACAAGAUGAUAGAAGUGCUCGGUGAUGAUUUUGUCAGCAUUUGUAUAGAACAUUGACACAGAAGAAUUAUUUAGUAUGGUUUGUCCUUUUUUGCCAUUUUAUUUGGAUUCAUAUAAUGGUAUAUUGUCAUAAGAAAGUUCCCUAAUAAGUAUUUACAACCCUAAUCAAUGUAGGAUGGAAUUAGUAGAUAUUUCACCUGGAAUAGACGACAAUGUUCAUGUUAUUUGUAUUAACAAUUGGCCAUUUUAGAAGCACAUCAAUUUAAAUUAUAUCAACUUGAUUAUGUUUUUAUCAGCACAUAAUAUAUACUAUAUAUACUAUAUACUUGUAUCUUGUUAUAGCACACGCAGUGGUAUAUGUUGAUUAUGAAGACUGGGGUGUACUUGAUUUGAUUUAAAUUAAUGAAACCAGCAUGCAGAAGGGGGGCAUAUCAGGGCCACUGCAAACAAUUAUUUAUCUUGUAUACUUAGUUCUACAUACAAGAUACUAAGUUGUACAUACAAGAUACUAAGUUGUACAUACAAGAUACUAAGUUGUACGUACAAGAUACUAAGUUGUACGUACAAGAUACUAAGUUGUACAUACAAAAUACUAAGUUGUACGUACAAGAUACAAAGUUGUACAUACAAGCUACUUAGUUGUACGUGCAGGAUACUAAGUUGUAUGUACAAGAUACUAAGUUGUACGUACAAGAUACUAAGUUGUACGUACAAGAUGCUAAGUUGUAUGUACAAGAUACUAAGAUGUACACACAAGAUACUAAGUUGCACAUACAAGCUACUAAGUUGUACAUACAAGAUACUAAGUUGUACAUACAAGAUACUAGGUUGUAUCGACAAGAUUCUAGGUUGUAUGUACAAGAUACUAAGUUGUACGCACAAGAUUCUAGGUUGUAUGUACAAGAUACUAAGUUGUACGUACAAGAUACUAAGUUGUACGUACAAGAUACUAAGUUGUACAUACAAGAUACUAAGUUGUACGCACAAGAUACUAAGUUGUACAUGCAAGCUACUAAGUUGUACGUACAAGAUACUAAGUUGUACACACAAGAUACUAAGUUGUACA